UCUGGUUCCUGGUCGAUUUACUCUCUGUAACACCCCCGCCCCAGUCGCCCCCACAGACUCAUCUCCUCGACGAACGACGACGACGACAACGACAACGACAACAUUGUGGUUAUCUCGAGCCGAGUUGGGAAAUAGACCUCAUGUACAUGUGGUUUUAGCCAAUCGGUCGUUACGUAGAUCCCUUUAUUGGGACUCGUAUCCCUUUCAUCAUGACGUCUUUUACCGAGUUGGUUGGGAAGGUGAACAACCUCGAUGACCCGAGGCCUGCGUUGAAUCAGAAGCCGGUGAUGCUUGGCAUCGUGAUAUCGUUCUUGAUACUAGCACUGCUGUGUGCGGGCAUGCGAAUAUGGACACGCAUCUUCAUUGUUCGGGCUGUAGGAUUGGACGACUUCUUUCUGGUUCUGGUCAUGAUUUCAAUCUCAGUUGGAAGCAUUGGCACUUGCGUCGCAAUGGACUAUGGGCUUGGUGAUCAUUUAUUAUUGAUAGAGUACUAUAGAUUCAUCAAGUUCAUGAAGAUUUUCUACAUCUGCAACGGCACAUUACCGGUAUCAACAUCCUUGAUCAAGAUAGCCAUCCUGCUCCAGUACCUCCGGACAUUUGAGCGCGGAUCAAAAUCACGAAUGUUUACCAUUGCCAUGAUUUGCAUCGUGGCCAUGUGGGGAGUCGCCUUCAUCUUCCUCGCCUGGGUACCCUGCAUUCCCGUCGCAGCCUACUGGGACUGGUCAAUACCCUACCGCGGACGCUGGGGGUUCGGGACGCAGGUUGCAGAGGAGCUGAUACGGACGUACGAGGCUCACGCCACGAGCAACAUGAUUCUCGACUUCGUCAUCUUUGCCAUUCCUUUGCCGCUAUACUUCAACACCGAGGCGAACAAAAGGUCCCGUAAGAGCGUUCUCGGCCUCUUUUUGCUGGGCAGCCUCGUCUUGAUGCUCUCCGCCUGGCGUCUCGUAGCCCUAGUCCGCUCCCGCGCCGGAACCUACCCAACCUUUGACCCAACCUGGGCCGCCCCCGGCCCCAUGGCCCUCUCCAUCCUCGAGAUCGACAUGGCCGCCAUCUGCGCCUCCCUCCCCGUCUUCUGGCCUGUGCUGCAAAACAGCAUGGGCAUGAUCUUCGUUACGCACGAGGUCAAAGUCACCACGGAAACGAUCGAGACGACGCGGAGCCGCGAAGAUGACGAGUGCCUCGAGCUGGCCGACGGCGCAGGGAGCGGCUCCUUUUCUUUCGCGCAGCAGAGCCCCGGGCUGGAUACGACGGAGCUGAUUCAGCAGUACCAGAAGCAGACGGACAUUUUUGGGAGUUACCUCAAGCGUAAGACGACGAAGGAUGUGGAGAUUGUACCGCCGCCGACGACGCCGCAUCCGGCCAAGGAACCCGAGAUCUUUGGGAGUUAUUUGAAGGGAAAGACUACGACGGAUGUGAAUGCGGACCCGACGACGAAAAUGGUGUGAUCCACAGAGGUUAGGUGCCGCUGUAGGCCCGGUCGGUAACCUGUGGUGCUUGUUUUAACGACUUGACGAUGAUAUCCGGGAGUACUGUUGAUGGGAAAUAUGUUCGCUUGGUUUAUUCACUUUUUCCUUUUCUUUAUCACUAUAGAUACCUCUAACUUCAAGUUAUCCUCGAGAACUUUAGGAAGAGAAGUAAAUUUCAAUCGAUUUCAAUCGAUUUCUGGUGUCCCAACCAAACGUGCUGACCUCAAAUCCAUGUGUUCGAGAUGUUUUCGAUCCAAG